UCACUCAAGAUGCCGCGUUUUAGCGUAAUUUGUCCUGCAGACUGUGCCCUUCCGGCGUUUUGAGGGCUGCUGUGAGCCUGUAGAGAGAGAGGCUGGCUGGCUGGCUACGCUAUGCUGCCUGACCCUGCUGUGUUGUGAUAGCGUUGUCCGAUUGUUUGGAUUGAGGAAGGCUCCCACCAACCCAAAUCAAUGAGGAUUCUGAGGCCAUUCCUUCAGAAAGGAGCGCAUAUGCUGCAGUGUUUCUGUGGACAACGAUCGAAGUCGACCACUAUCACCAACGAGCCGCAGCUGAAAGGCAUCGUGACACGACUGUUCAGCCAGCAGGGCUUCUACCUGCAGAUGCAGCCGGAUGGAACCAUCGACGGCAGCAAGGACGAGAACAGCGACAACACCCUGUUUAAUCUUAUUCCUGUGGGUCUGAGAGUGGUGGCCAUCCAGGGGGUGAAGAGUGGCUUCUACAUCGCCAUGAAUGGCGAGGGCAUGCUCUACAGCUCGGAGAUGUUCACACCGGAGUGUAAGUUCAAGGAGUCCGUAUUCGAGAACUACUAUGUGAUCUACUCGUCCACUGUAUACCGUCAGCAGGAGUCGGGCCGAGCCUGGUUCCUUGGCCUCACCAAGGAGGGGCAAGUUAUGAAGGGCAAUCGGGUCAAGAAGACUAAGCCCUCAUCACACUUUGUGCCCAGGCCCAUUGAAGUUUGUAUGUACAGGGAGCCGUCACUGCAUGAGAUAGAGGACAAGCACCGAUCCAGAAAGAGCUCAGGGACUCCCACCAUGAACGGAGGGAAAGCUGUCAAUCAGGACUCCACAUAGCAGCGAGGGGAGGGGCUUCCGGCUGGGGGAGUGGCCUCAUCCUGACUCAGGGGGAGGGGCCACAGGAAAACUCAC